AUGGACGACCUUUUCAACACGUUCGUCACCAACAACCAGUGGCUCGGUGCGGCAGCCCGGACGCGCAGCCUCGCGCAACAACUGCCGCCGGUCGAGUUCCAUCAUUUCACUCAUCUUGCGCCUGAAUCCAUCGAGCAGAAUCGCCCGGCACCAGACGGCCCUGGGCAGUACGCCAAGACCAUGCCUGAGGGUUUCACGCAAAUCGUCACAGCCGACGACAUCAAGGCGCCGUUCCUCAACUCGAGCGACACCGCGAAAACGAAGGCUUUCUGGCUCGAGUGGCACCGCUACGAAGAUGCAAUCCAAGAGCGGUUCAACCAGUUCGGCGGUCAAGUCGCCAUCCAGCGGCGCGUGUUGCGCUAUUGCGUGGACAACAACACACUUCGGACGAUGCUGCGCUACCGCUGGGGCCAAGGCAGCCGGGACCUCGACUCAGUCCCGGACGACGAACUCUACGCGUUCUUCAAGACCGACUGCGAGCGCGUGAAGACCAACGUUGCGGACUUCUUUGCGCGUACGAUUCGCAACGGCGAGUCUCGUGCCCUUGUACUGAUCGAACAAUACGCACGCAUCUGCGACGAAUCGGGUUUCCGCGAGUACCACGACGUGGAGCCCGAAUCCGCCCGCAACCACAUCAUCCACGCGGUACGGCCCGAAUACCUCCAGUCGUAUUUGCGUCAAGAGAUCAACUUCUCCAAGAAACGUUACAAGCGGUGGGACGACUUUGUGGGUCUUCUCAUCGACACGUUUGGAGCCUACACCCGCUUCGACAAUUUCAAGAAGCCCUCCGCCGGCACGCCUCCCGCCGGCGACACCGCGCCCGAUGGCGUGACGAAGGACAAGAACAAAGUGCACAAGAAGCAAGGCUCGAAGGCCGACGUUAGUGGUGCUAAGGUGCCUGGUGGCGCUGCGACAACGAAGAAGGCGCACACCGGCGACUCCAAGCCCAAGCAUCCAUGCCUCAAGUGCAAGGCUGUCGACCACAACGUCUGGAAGUGCCCGCUCAUCCCGGACAACGACACCGGCGUAGCGGAGAAGAAGGCCCUCCUCAAGGCUUUCUACGACCAGCAGCGUGCGACCCGACGACGCCUCCGAUCCCCGCAACAACAUGAUCCAGUCUGCGGAAGGCAGCCUCGUCCCAGCCACUGA